CUCAGUUUAGAGUUCAUCGUUCGCCGGGAACGACCCAAAUUUCGCUUCUCCCAAACUAUCCCAUCCAAACUUUCUCCGUCCGGCAAUGUUUUUGGCAAAAAACGCGACUGGCCUGCGGCCACAGAUCCUAAACGAAGUCAAGGGCCUGGCGAAAGCCGGCGAUUUGGGCUCCCUUUUCUUUGCGAGCCGUCGUCACCGGACCACUUGCAAUGAGAAAAAGGAGGCGGCCAAGAAGUGCGAAAAGUACCGACCGACAAAUGCCUUGAAAGCGGAAUGUCUUCCGGUUAAGGAGCAGGUGCCGCCAUUCUACCGCCAGGUGAAUCCCUGCAAGACGGACCCGGAGUUGGCCGUCCAGCAUCCCAAGUACCUGGGUGUUUAUGGACGGUGCGACAUCCCGUACAAGCCGGAGCCCCACUGCCAGGAUCCCUGCGAUCUGGCCGUGCGCCUGGACGACACCCACUACACACCGGGCAAGUAUUUGGACCGCGAGUACGAGAAGUACUGGGUGGAGUGCUUCUUCCGCAAGCAGAAGCGCUGCUGCAAGAAGGUUCCCCCGGAGCGCACCUACCGCGUGAUCAGCAACAAGUGCGGUGCCGCAGCCAAGAUGAAGCCCUGCAAGACGAUCAAUCCGAUGCCCUGCAAGCAGGAGGCCAAGCAAGGUCCCUGCCCCAAGUUCUCCCUGUGCGACUGCAAGCCCGCCAACGUAAAGACCAACUGCAAGUUGGCCCCUCGCAACUCGCGGUGUCGCCGCAGGCCCUGCCAGUAUCCCGCCUUCUCCGAGUGCGACCACGAGGAUCUGGGCAAGGGCAGGCCCAUCGAGUGCCGCUGCCUGGAGGUGCCGCCCAUGUGCCUGGUCUACCGAUACGCCCUCCUCGACCGGCGACUGCCCUGCGAGCCCACCAAGCCGCGUGACGAGUGCUAGAUGAUGGAGGAUUGGUUUGGAUUCGGAUUGGGACUGGGAGGCGACAGCCCUCGUUUUCGAACAACAGUUUCUGGCUGAAAUAAAUAUCAUUUCAAUUGACAGUUUAUACAGUUUUUGGUGAAAUAUAAAAAAUAGUAUCAGUUAUAAAAA